AGGACAAGGAGGCUUUGCUGGAAGAAGCCAUCAGGUUGAAGCGCGCUCUCCACGAGAAAACGUUUUAUCUCAGGCGAAAUCGAGUCCAUGCUACCACGAUUCAGAUCGAAAACAGUUUCACAGGAAGCUAGAGUUUGAUAUCAAGGAUAUGGAAGCGCAGGGGUCGCCUCUAGACAGCGCCAGAUCUCCUCGUGGAAGUAGCAUACGCACUAAGCUGAAAGGUUUAAGGAUCAGAUACGAAGAUAUGCGAAGUGCUUGUGAUGCUCAGCACGAAGAAGUAGCGGCACUGCGCAGGGAUGUACGCAUUACCACCACCCAAGCCCGUUGCUCUUGUUGUAGGAGAUGGAAAUGGAGAGAGAUGCGUUGCUACAUGAGAUAACGAGAAUGCAGAAGGACGUCAAGGGGCUGAAAGCAGUCCAGAAUGCUCUCAAGUGCGAGCAUCAGGAGCUGUGUCAGAUCAAGCACAAAGCUGACGAGCUGGCAGUUCUUAACUUCGAGCUAGAAAACUGCAUGGGUGGCGUGAACAAAGAUCUCGAGAGAACAAACCAGGAUGUGAUCAUUUUCCGGCAGAAAAUGACGGAGUCGAGUAUCGAGGCCAGAAAGAAUGCAAAGCAAUUCAAGGAGCUGGAAGAACACACUGAAGCCUUGAAGAGGCUCCUUGCAGACGAAAGGUCCGAGCGGCGGGGUCUAGACAAGGAGCUCGCAGGCUUGGAGCUGCAGCUUAAGAAGGCUGAGAAGGAGCUUACUGCGAAGGGACUCAAGAAGCCGGCUUCUCCGAAACCAAAGCCGAAGCCGAGAGAGAAAAUCUGGGAAGUGACAAGUCCUGGGAAAGGAGGAACUUCUCCGCGUUCACCUAGGAAAGAUCAAGACGGGAAGCCGAAAUCAAAAGGUGGCAAGCCCGGUGGAAAAGGUGGUGAUGCUGCCGCUGCCGCUGCUGCUGCCGCCGCCGCCGCCGCCGCCGCUGCUAGUGCAGCGUCAUUCAAGGCAAAGAAUACUUCUGCAAGGCUGUUUGGAGCUCUCUCUAAAACAGAACCAAGGCCGGGAGGUGCUGCGCUCGAGGACAGGGCCGGGGGAACGUUUAAGAAACAGGCAUCCAAAGCUUCUGGCACUGACUCGAGGCAAACUAGUCCGGAAUCGUUCAGGAAAAAGACCUUCAAGGAGGGCACUGCUGCUUUUGAGUCGCAGGAGACAAUGCGUAAGAAGGCUGAAGCACUCGAACAAAAAUCACUCAAGGAGGCUGAAGCACUCAAACAAAAAUCACUCAAGGAGACUGAAGCACUCAAACAAAAAUCACUCAAGGAGGCUGAAGCACUCAAACAAAAAUCGCUCAAGGACGUUGCACUCUCGAAAGCUUCCGAGAGGCCUCAAAGUACUGACGCGCUCAAGAAAGAAGCUUCCAAGGCUGCGAGGCCAAAGGCCGCCGAACCCACGAGUAGAUCCACCAGUCCGAGUGCUACGCCAGGAAAAGCCGAGAAAGCUUCUGCGGGGAAAUCCAAAGACAAGGCGGCUGACAAGAAGGCGGAGCCGGGUCAAGGUGGCAAGCGCGGAGCAGGCUUGAAAGACGAAACAAAAGGAACGAAAGACGAAGCAAAAGGAACGAAAGGAGAUGUUUUGCAAGCGCAGAAGGAAAGACAGCGGCUGGAAACGGAGCUAGCUGCAAAGAUGGAAAAACAGAAGCGGGAGAUGGAGCUAGCGGCGAAGCAAAGAGAAAUGGAGCUAGCUGCGAGGCUGGAGAAACAGCAAAAGGAAAUGGAGCUCGCUGCAAAGCAACGGGAGAUGGAGUUUCUGGCGAAGCAACGAGAGCUGGAAGCUGCUACUGCUAAGCAGCGGGAAAUGGAAGCUGUUGCCGCUGCUGCUGCUGCCAAGCAACGGGAAAUGGAACUGGCCGCCGCUGCUAAGCAACGAGAGAUGGCGGAGCUAGCUGCCGCAAAAGGAUUGAAGCUCAAAGCCGAGUCCAGGGACGAGGCAUGCCAGACCUCCGAGACAGCGGACUCUUACGACGAGUUGAUGCGAAAGAUGCGUAAGCUGGAGGACGAGCUGGCCUCGCACAGGUCACGGGAAAGCUCUCCAGGGUCGUCUUCUACUCCGCCACCUUCGAGGGCAUUCACGAAGAAACUCACCAUCAAAGUCGAUGACAAGCAGAUGGAUCGAAAGCUGACGAAGAAGGCGACGGUGAAGAAGCCGGAUGUCGCUCCGGCCACUCCGGGUACUCCCAGGAAGAGCAAAGUGGCGUCGACUCCGGCAACUCCGAAAGAACCAGAGCGAAAGCCCGAGCCGCUAAAGCCAGAGCCAAAGAAGCCGGAGCCAGUGCCAAUAACAGUGCCAGUUCCAGAGCCAGAACCCGUCCGCAAGUAUCCAGCGAGACAAAUUCGUCGGCAAAUCCUCAUGGCGGAUCAAGACUUCGCCGAGGACACGAAGCAGAUAACCGGCCCAGCGGAUGCACCCAGGCCCAGGAGCGUCAUGUUUGAGAGCUCGAGCUUCAACGUCUUGCUGGCGGAGCCCAGCACGGAUCCUCUGAUUGAAACGCAGGCACCGAACGAGUAGAAACAAGAACCAUCUACGUUCUUAUAUCGUCCUGGGAAAAAAAACUUGGGACAACGAUCGAGCCAGCUACCAACGUAGUAGAAGAAGUUGUCAUACUGUUCUAGCAGACCUCGGGCUGUUUGGUUUGGAACCGGCGAGUUUAUCCGGACUUGGAGUUGCGGGGUACAAGCUGAGGCCUCUGGCGUUGAGCUUCUCCUCGACUGUGACAAGCUCCGCUUCCAGGCAAACGCGCUUCUCCUCCAGGUUUUUCUUUUCCAGCUUUUCUUUCUCCAGGCAAUCCUUGGCCAGCGUGAUCUGGUCCUCCAAAUCCUUGCAUCUCUUCGAGCUUCUCUUGGCGAGAAGGCUCGACUCUGUUAGCUUUUGUCUGUGAGCUACAAUUUCGCGAUUUGCCUUGUCCAAGGCUUUAAGAA